AUGCAAGGGCUAUGGAUUUCUGGUCAACACACAUCACGGCUUAUGAACAAUGCACAUGGUAACGCUUUGGGUCCUGAGCAGCAUCAGGACCCCAAUCUUACCUUACGAAAAAUCACCAAUACAUCAGCAGGGACUCUCUCAUCCGAUAUCUCCGGCAACAUCCUUCAUCACCUCAUAUCAUCACUCUACAAGAAACCAACGCCAUCGAUCACGACACAACAACAACAUUCAACAUGCUAUUUCGAUCUCAACAAUCUCUUUGAGUCACAUCACCGGCAUCGUAUCACUCGAUUCCGACUUAUCAUUUCAACGUAUAUCAAUCGAUCUCAAGCAACAGCGAUUUCAACAAACGUUUUAUCUUCACCAAAGUCAUCACACAAUCAGACUUUUGCAUCAUUCUUUCUACUCACCUUAUAUGCACCAGCAUCAAGUACAACACAACGUCGAUUGUUUUACACAGCACUUUUGGAUUCACCGAUUUUUCACAUCGAUUGA